CUCUCUACAAAGUCCCCUCUCUCCCCUUCCACUUCUUCCCUACUUAAACCCCAAGUCCCCAACCCCAUCCUUCCCAUUCCUAAGCUUUCCCCACCACACACUCAUAGAAAGAUUUUAUCAAGAGCUAGUGGAUUAAGAGACAUACAGAUUUAGAUAGAGUAAACCCCACAAAAUCUAUAAAUAGAUAUACAGAUAGGGGUGGUAUUAGAAUGAGAGAGUGUUGUAGUAAUAAGAGAGAAAGAGAGAUGGGAGGAGAAGAAGAGAAGGCUUUGAUUCCGGGCUUACCGGAUGACAUAGCUUUGGACUGCCUCGCCCGAGUCCCCCACCGAUUCCACUCGAGCCUCCGUCCCGUUUGCCGGCGAUGGCGGGAUCUGGUCACCGCCCCCUUCUUUUACGAACACCGGGACAGGAUUGGUUCCGCGGAGGACCUGAUCUUCCUCGUCCAAGCCCUCGUCCCUGUAGGGAAUGGGCAUCAGGAGACCGCCGGUGAGGUUAAGGAACAAGGGAAGGAGAUGGCCGCUGCCGCCACCAAGUGCCGGCCGCCGGUGUAUGGAUUGAGCCUCUACAACGCGACGCUCGGGGAGUGGCGCCGCCUGGCCGUGGCGGAGCCGGUGCCGAUGUUCGCCCAGUGCGCGGCGACCGGCGGGAAGGUGGUGCUCGUCGGGGGUUGGGAUCCGGUGACGCUGGAUCCGGUGGAGGAGGUGAGGGUUUUGGAUCUGGUGACAGGGCGGUGGCGGAGGGGUGCGUCGAUGGUGGCGGCGCGGUCGUUCUUCGCGUGCGCGGCGGCCGGGGGGAGGGUGUUUGUGGCCGGGGGGCACGACGGGCAGAAGAACGCGCUCCGGUCGGCAGAAGCGUACGACGUGGCGACCGACCAGUGGGCGGCGCUGCCGGAGAUGGCGGAGGAGCGGGACGAGUGCCAGGGGGCGGCGGCGGCGGCGGCGGGGGGGAAGUUCUGGGCGGUGAGCGGGUACGGGACGGAGAGCCAGGGGCGGUUCGACGCGGCAGCGGAGUGGUACGAUGCGGAGGCUGGGGAGUGGCGGAGGGAGGAGGGGGUGUGGGAGGUGGGGGACGCCGGCGGCGGGUUCGGCGGAGCGGCGUGCUUCGCGGCGGCGGGGGAGUUGUGGUGCGUGGAUGUGCGGAGGGGUGUGAGGGGGUACGAUGGGAUGGGGAGGGGAUGGAGGGCGGUGGCGGGGGUGCCGGAGAUGCUGAGGUCGAGCCCGUGCGCCGCGGCGAUGGGCGGCGCCGCAGCCGGAGAGAGGGUUUUCGUGAUGGGGGCGGAGGGGGAGGGAGCUCAGGGAGGGAGGCACGGCGGUUGGGUGUUCGAGAUGGGGAGCAAGAAGUGGACGCGUGUGGAGACGCCGACCGGCUUCACGGGGUUCGUCUACUCGGCCGCUGCGGUUCGGCUUUGAGAGUCCGUGAACCGGCCGGUCCGUUGGUAUUUUUGUUUUUCUGGAGUUAUCUUCUUAAUAUUAGGUUUUAGAUGAUGGUAUUAGUAAUAGUUUUUAAUUAUGACUGUGAUUAGUAGCAGCUGGGUACACAUGAUAUAUGAAGCUUGGGAGUUGUGAAAGGCUUAUGCAGUAGAUGAGGAUUGAGGAGAGAGGAAUGACUACUGUGUUUAUGGUCAUUGGUGAAUGUUUAUGAUGAAUGGGCAAUAUAUGUCUGCUUUGAUAUAUUUUGGGUUUCAAUGAUCUACUUUUCUCUUGAA